GUGUGUCAAUAGCUGAAGCUAAAGCUAACUGCUGUGUUCUCGUAUCGUUUGUUUUCCCCGCUGCUGACGCUUCUCUCUGUGUCGUAGAGUUGGUUUUUUGAACUUCGGCUGUGAGGAAACGUCCUGGUGAACGAGGUGUGUCACCUUGGCUGUGGUCCUCUCUCCAGUCUCUCGGGUGGUGGGUGACACUGGCUCUCUGCCAGUCCUCUGUCGAUGAAGAUGUCCCUGGCCCAGCGGGUGCUCCUCUCCUGGAUCUUUGCCCUCUUCUUCCUCAUCAUGCUGGUCCUCAAGCUGGACUCCAAGAUCCACUGGAACUGGUUCCUGAUCUUCCUCCCCAUCUGGACCUUUGACACCAUCCUCAUCCUCAUGCUGAUCGUGAAGAUGGCAGGACGCUGCAAGCCAGACUUUGACCCCAGAGACGGCGAGCAGAGCCUGAAGAGGAGGCUGUGGUACCUGACAGCCCUGCUGCUGAAGCUGGCCUUCUGCCUGACACUAUGCUCCCACCUAGAGAGGCUGGCUGACAUGUGGGUCAGCGUGGUGUGUGUCCCCCUCUGGGUGCUGCUGGGUGGGGCGCUGGUGGAGCUGGGACACAGUGUUUUCCACUACAGGAGGGACUGAAUCAGAGAACCCUACAAUACUUGAUUCUGAACAUGACAGAAACGUUUUACUCUCAGGCUUCUCGAGCUAUGGAUGCACCAAUCUGAUCUGCUGGAUUGGUAUCAGAGCGGACGCAGACCUUAUCAAGCACAUUGUGUCUCAGGCUGAAAUGACAGAUCCACUUAAAAUGCUGUUUAUUUCUCAAUGUCAUUAUAAAAUUUGAUGUUUCUGCCUCGAGCUCAGCACGUUACAGCAGGUUCCAAACUCAAGAGGCUCCAAAGAGUUCUACACACUGAUGUACAGGUUUUAAAUCCGAUAAGCGCAGAGCAUGACAUUGUUUUGACGUUCACAUUACUUCCUUCUGGCUUUUCAACAGUAGAAACAGAAAUCGUGACAAAACAAAAUGUUGGUCUACAAUUCACCUCUCCACUUUUUUGGUGGAGGGUGCACACAUACUGGACACAAAUACAGCCACGGUAAUACCAGGGCCACAUUGAUGGUAUAAAAUUACUCACUGCUCUAGCAUGCACUGUGUUCCACUGAACCAUGUAAUAUGUUGCUGUUUAUGGAAUCACUGUUGCAUCUCUGUGUAUUUCUGUACAGCAGUUAGAAAUCUCACAACUUCCAUGUGAUGAAUUUGUCAGUGCAUCCCAGACUGUCCCUCUGCCACUGAAACAAUUCACUUUGAAUGUAAUCCAGAACAUUCUCUGGAUAUAUGAAUUAAGUCCUUUGCACUGUGCAGAUAAAGAAUUGUAGUUUACAUCCUUGUGAAUGCAAAAUAUAAUUCUGUAAUACAUUUAAUACAAUUUCUGAUGGCUGUAAGGCCAUGCUCAGUAUUAACUGUUGUCAAGCUUGAGUUUCAAUUCAUCCUGUCAGUUAUAUUGCGUUUAUCUGGCAGAUUCUUGUCGAAGAUGAGUUAAGAUAUCCAGUUCCAUCUCUGUGCUGCUUAGCUGUGGUCGGCCUUUUAUUGGUAAAACCUGUGCUUUUCUAAUGCGAUAAAGGUUUGUUCCAACAUGACAUCCUAUUUUGAACAUUUUAACAUCCUCAUUUAGCAUAUUAGCACCUAUUCUAGCAUUUAAGUCAAAGUUCCUAUGAGGCUGAUGGGAAUUUAUCCGUAUAUCCUGACGUGAUGAAAAAAUGGACUAACAGAGCCAUUGUUUUUUCAAUGUGUUGUUGAAAAACACAUGUUCAUCUCCAAACUGCAAACGUGGAUAGAAAGAUAAAUACUGAAACCUGGAGGAUAUGAAAGGCAGGAGAGACAUUAACAUCGACUACAUCCUUAUUUAGAACCAUUUAUUGAGAGGUUCUGAUCAGAGUAUAAAUCACACUACCAAGUCUUAUCUUAGGAAAUAAAAUGUAUUUACAACAAAAUUUUCACAUACAUUGGUUUCAA